GUAGAUUCAAGACGAAUAUUGUCCGAACGCGCUGAUUGGAGUACGAGUUACAUAAACAAGCAAUGUGCAAUUGGAAGAACAGAGGAGCUGAAGAAAAUUUACUUUGAGAUCCCGUGAAUCUGGGAACGACUACAACGAGCCGUUAUCCAAGUACCUUCACAGAACGGCAGAGGGAAAGAUGAAUAUCGUCUCAGCGGCGUGGCGCUCAGUGGGGACUGGAAUUACACUGACAGGUAUCACAUGUCGUGGAAAGUCCCGAACGAUCCUGGGAAGUUCAUCUUGGGGCAUCCUAAAAGGUGGCCCGAGGAGCCCAUGUCAAUUGAUUCAGUAAACGCAUCAACGUAUAUUAUGAAAGCUUACCCUAUACACGAGCGGUGCUGGGAAUUGAGGACCCGGAUUCUUGACGUUGACCUGAUUGAAAAGAAUUUUGAUCUGUUUAUCAGGGCUCAAAAGAAACACAGCAGAGAGAAUGGUCUUGUAAAAGGAUUCUUGAUUGAUGAGAAGCGCUAUUGGAGAGCCCCAGAUGAAGAGCACAAAAAUCUAUCUUGGACUGACCCCAAGGAAUAUGCCAGGAUCUGCGAGAAGAAAAUGAGUCGUAUCGAGGGCUGUCUCGACCUCCCCUGCGCACCAAGGGAUUCCUUCAACAUCCCCGAACUGCGGGAUCUUCUCAACCAUUCGGAGAAGCUCCAACGGCCAAAGACAAAGAAGGAAGUGCAAAGAAGAUUAGAACCAGAACUAGCGAAAAUCGCGGCCCAGGAACCAGGUAGCUAUUCAAGUCCAACAAAUUUCAGAGUUCCAGUUGAUAUUAUUUUCAUGAUCAUGGAUUACCUUCAUGAAGAUAAUGAUACCUACGCUCUAAUCUGUCUGUUUCUGGUGUGGAGGUCCAUGAUUUCGCAAGCAGCCUGGCGAAGGAAAUGUAUCAAAGACCUCCUACUGGUGGAACCACUUCCACACGUUAAUGAACUAGACUGGCGCUAUCUUUACUUCAAAUCCAAUCCAUCUACCUCUGUUCGCAAGUGCACUGGCCAGUGGCAUGACCUUGAAGAUAUUAUUUAUGAAUGGCAGAAUACACUCA